UAAGAAGGAAACGCAAUCUUAACUCUCUCUCUUUCUCUUCAAUAUUCUCAUCUACAACAAAGUUAAACAUUUUGAAGAAGCUAAGGAGCAUAGUGACUUCAACCUGGAGAUAAUCAACCUUCACACACAACAAUUGGGUUUCCUCUACAUCCACUUUUCCCACCUUAGCGUCAUCUAUAUAUACUAAACACAUGAACCCAAAAAUAACACAAGACCCUUGUCAUCAUGGGUUUCUCUUAUUCAUGCAACGACCAUGCACCCGAGAUUGUUUUCUUUGAUUUGGAAACUACAGUGCCCAAAAGAGUUGGAGAUCGUUUCUGGGUGCUUGAGUUUGGUGCUAUUGUAGUUACUCCUCACAAACUCAACGAGGUUGAGAGCUACACCACCCUCAUAAAACCCAAAGACUUGUCUGUAGUAGCACUGAAAUCUAGCAGAAGUGAUGGAAUAACACGUAAAGCUGUUGAAAAUGCACCAUCUUUUGAAGAUGUUGCAGACAGAAUAUUCGGUAUCUUAAAUGGAAGGGUGUGGGCGGGGCAUAACAUCCAGAGAUUUGACUGUCUACGGAUCAAAGAGGCCUUUGAUUAUAUCAAUAGGCCACCACCUUUACCUGUUGGAAUCAUUGAUUCUUUGAGGGUCCUAACUGAGAAGUUUGGAAGAAGAGCUGGUAAUAUGAAGAUGGCAUCAUUGGCUUCUUAUUUUGGUAUUGGCCAACAAAAGCACAGGAGCCUGGAUGAUGUUCGCAUGAACUUGGAGGUGGUUAAGCAUUGUGCAACGGUGUUGUUUCUGGAAUCUAGUCUACCAAACAUGUUUGAAAGCAAAUGGUAUGAAUCACCCAGCAUUAUGACGCGAAGCAGAAGCAAUGGGAAAUCACCCUGGAAGGAAGAGACUAGUAGAAAAUCUCCCCCUACUACAUUAGGGAAUCGGAGGACUGUCCCCUAUGCUAGGGGAAGUUUGGGAAAGGUGACUGAAAGAGUGAAGGGCUUGUUGUGUAAAGCACAAGGGCAACCACCACUUCAACAACUUCUCAAGCAUUCUCAUUCAUUACUACGGUGAAGAAAGUGGCAUCAUGGAAGAGAAGAAGGGUUUUGUUGAGUUGGCGUAUAUUGGAAGGAAGCUAUGUGCAUGAACAAGAUGCCAGAAUGUUUUUCAGGAUUCUGAAGAAACCAUUUGUGUAGAAUUCAAUUAAUUGUUUGAGUUGUGUAUAAUUCAGUCAUUCUGAUUCAUAUAUAAAAUGAAAGAUGACAAUUAACAACACAGUAUAUCUGUAAAUGAAAUCAAAAUGAAUAUUA